UGCAUUGGUUGGAUAAAUACUAAUUCACACCCUUUCUCUUUAGCUCCCACUCAAACCUUUAUCCUUUUUCUAUUCUCAAUAAAAACCCACCAUAUCACCAGUUCCUAUUACCUCCCACUUCCUUUCUUGCUUUUACCAAAUGGGGUUUCUUUUUGCUCUUCUCUUCGCUGGCUGUUUCUUCUUUACAGCUCCAUUUGUUGGCUAUUCUCGUAGUUUGCUGCAAACUCCUCAACCCACCACAGCUCUCGACGUCGCUGAAGCUCUUGUGAAGACAAAAAAUGUCCUCUCCUUCGACCCCACCAAGAAGCCAGCAUUUACUCCUCUGGACCAAAGCCUCUCAGCUUCAUCUCCAUCUUCUUCUCCGUCUUCCAUCUCCCUUCAAAUUCAUCCCCGACUUUCUAUGCAUAAAAGCUCCCACCUUGAUUACAAAGCGCUAACCUUAUCCCGACUCCAGCGUGACUCAGCUCGAGUCAGCUCGCUCGUCACUCGGUUGAAUCUGGCUGUCAACGGGAUUUCAAGGUCAGAUCUCAAACCCCUUGAUACGGGAUUGGAAUUUGGACCUGAGGAUCUGGAAGGUCCUAUUGUGUCCGGUUCGAGUCAAGGAAGUGGUGAGUACUUUUCCCGAGUUGGAAUCGGGAAACCACCGAGUCAAGUAUACAUGGUACUCGACACGGGCAGUGACGUCAACUGGGUACAAUGCGCACCCUGCGCCGAUUGUUACCAACAAUCCGACCCAAUCUUCGAGCCAUCUUUGUCGUCUUCCUACUCUCCGCUAAAGUGCGACACCCAACAAUGCAAGUACCUUGACGAUUCCGAAUGUCGAAAUGACCGUACAUGCGUCUACGAGGUUUCCUACGGUGACGGGUCUUACACUGUGGGUGACUUUGUCACCGAAACCAUCACCCUCGGCUCGGAUUCUGUCAACAAUGUAGCCAUUGGUUGUGGCCAUAAUAACGAAGGGUUGUUUGUUGGAGCGGGAGGCUUGCUUGGUCUCGGUGGCGGCCCGCUCUCCUUUACCUCCCAGCUUAAUGCAAGUAGUUUCUCCUAUUGUCUCGUGGAUCGUGACUCUGACUCAGCAUCCACUCUUGAAUUCGAUUCGUCUUUCCCUCCUAACACCAUUACAGCUCCAUUAAUUCGUAACCACCAGCUAGACACGUUUUAUUAUCUUGGUUUAAUCGGGAUCAGUGUGGGUGGCGAGUUGCUCCCGAUUCCUGAGUCAGCAUUCCAAAUGGACGAGUCAGGUAAUGGUGGGAUUAUCAUCGACUCGGGAACCGCCGUGACACGGUUGCAGAGCGACACCUAUAAUGUUCUCCGUGAUGCGUUCGCCAAAGGGACAAAGAACUUACCGUCAGCUGAUAGCGUGGCGUUGUUUGACACGUGUUACAAUUUGUCUACGAAGAGUAGCGUGGAUGUGCCAACGUUGUCGUUUCACUUCCCAGAGGGUAAAGUUUUACCGUUACCGGCUAAGAAUUACAUGAUACCGGUUGAUUCCGUUGGGACCUUCUGUUUCGCGUUUGCGCCAACGUCCUCGUCGUUGUCAAUCAUUGGGAACGUGCAACAACAGGGGACGCGUGUAGGUUUUGAUCUGGGUAACUCCCGCGUAGGAUUUGUGCCCAACAAAUGUUAAAAGUAAUUAAGUUUAUUGGAAAUAUUUGGCCUAUUUGUGAUUUA